AUGUGUUCCACAAAUCCAGCAAAUUGGGUCACCUUCGAUGACGAGCCACUCUUCCAGUCGCCUCAGAAAUUGAUUGAUAAUCAGAGUAGUUGUAAAGCAAACGGCCUUAAACUGAAUCUGUCUAGCAUGCAUGAGUCUUCAAGUAGAGCAUCUUCUACAGGUAGCACUCCACUCUCGUCUCCUGUAGUUGACUUCUACGUAAGUCCUGGACCUCCCAGCAACUCUCCACUUACUACACCUACCAGAGACUACCCAGCAAGUCCUUGCAUCCCAAAGCCUGGGAUUCACAUCCUUUAUCCCAUCCCUGAAUGGCCAUCAAACGCUAACCCUCUUCCAUCACCUGGGACUUGCUCAUCUCUAACCUCGCAGAAACUGGGCGGCCUUCCUUUGAGCACCUCACCUAAUGACCAUCCAGUUAAGACUUCGGUCUCCAAACCAACAGACGAAGGAAGCCCUAACCCACCAGGAAGCUGUGAGGAGUUAGGAGAGUUGUCGUCGGCACUGGGGCGCUUCCCGUACUUCCAGAACAACUGUGCUUUUUCUAGCCCCUUUUGGAAGGAAGGAUGCUCGCUCAGCACGUCCCCAGCUAACGUUGGCAUGCACAGGAAGGACAAAGCACUCGACAGGAGCGUCUGUCAUCCUAAAGACAAAGAAACUUGCCAUGAUCAGAAAAGCCUUAACCAGGGCUCCUUCAGCUACAUCUGCGAGAGGCUUGAACACCUGCAAGCUGAUAGCUGCGACGCCACGGGAAGCCCGCCCGUCUCCAGCACUCACGCGUGGCACCAGCUCUCCCCCGCCAUCCCACGCAGCCUCUUCAGGAGCCGGAAAGCCGAUGGCUGGCCGUUCAUGCUGAGGAUUCCCGAAAAGAAGAACAUGAUGUCUUCUCGGCAAUGGGGCCCUAUUUACCUCAGUGUCCUACCCGGAGGUGUACUGCAGAUGUAUUAUGAAAAGGGCCUGGAGAAGCCUUUCAAGGAAUUCCAGCUGCAAGCACACUGCAAGCUGUCUGAACCCAAAUUAGAGAGCUACAAUGUCUCAGGAAAAAUCCAUACUGUGAAGAUCGAGUGCGUGUCUUACACAGAGAAGAGAAGGUAUCAUCCCAAAGCAGAAGUGAUCCAUGAGCCGGAGAUUGAGCAGAUGUUAAAGCUGGGCACCACAGAUUAUAACGACUUCACCGAUUUCCUCGUAACGGUCGAGGAAGAGCUGAUGAAACUUCCUACUAUUUCUCGACAAAAGAGGAAUUACGAAGAACAAGAAAUGACUCUGGAAAUAGUGGAUAACUUUUGGGGAAAAGUCACGAAGGCAGAAGGAAAACUCGUAGAAAGUGCCGUCAUCACGCACAUUUACUGCUUGUGUUUUGUGAACGGAAGUGCCGACUGCUUUCUAACCUUGAACGACGUGGAGCUCCAGAAGAGGGACGAGCGAUAUUUCGAGAAGGAGGACGAGAAGAAAUGGAUCGAUAUUCUCGAUUGCCAUUUCCAUAACUGUGUCAAAGCGUGGGAAUUCGAGCAGUCGCGAAUCAUUAAGUUUACGCCCCCGGAUGCCUGUAGGCUGGAACUGAUGCGUUUCAGGACACGGUAUAAUGGGCAAGACCUUCCCUUUUCUGUGAAGGCUGUGGUAGUUGUUCAGGGGGCAUAUGUUGAACUUCAGGCUUUUAUAAACAUGUCAUCCAUCCCAACGCGUUUACCCUCUGUGAAAUACUGUGAAAACAUUAUGAUACUCUUUCCUGUUCCCACGCAGUGGGUCAAAGCACUUUGGACCAUGAACCUUCAGAGACAGAAGUCCCUAAAAGCGAAAAUGAAUAGGAGAGCAUGCCUAGGCUCUUUACACGAGAUUGAAUCUGAUCCCGUAAUACAAGUCUCGGUUGGAACAGCAAAAUACGAGAGUGCCUACAGGGCUGUUGUAUGGAAGAUAGACAGGCUUCCAGAUAAGAACUCAAGUUCAGAUCAUCCACACAGCCUGUCUUACAAGCUGGAACUCGGAUCAGACCAGGAAAUCCCGUCUGACUGGUAUCCAUUUGCUACUGUCCAGUUCGUUGUUCAUGAUACCUGUGCCUCAGGAACAGAAGUCAGGUCGCUGGGCAUAGAGAACGAUGUGCAGCCCCAGAAACACGUGGUUCAGAAAGCUUUUUACAAUUGCCAGAUUGAAAUUGAAAAGAAGUGGAUUCAGCUUGAUGGAGAAGAUCCAGAUAAGGCUGGCAACUGCCUAAUGCAGUGA